CGCUAUGCUAGCCGUCGGCCAUUAGAUAAAACGGGGUGCGUGGACCGAAGAAAGCAGACAACAGGAUCUGGACACGUUUACGCGGACCUAUGAGACUGUUCUCAGGUGAGAGAUGGAUAUGAGAGAGGUGUAUGUGGUGGCCGGCAGCUUCGUGGGGUUUCAGGUGUUAUUCUCGUGCGUCAGUCCGGUCCUGUCUUCCAACUUCACGGAGGGUUAUGGGAAACUUCCUCCAAACAAACUCAACGACUGGAACUCCAGGCUUGUGUCCACGGUCCAUGCAUUAAUUGUGGGGCUGUUCUGCGUUUAUAUCCUCUGGUACGACGAUGCCGUCAAUGAAGACCCCUUCUGGGGUGAUCCCAACCUGGUUAAGCUCAAUGUGGCCAUCACCUGUGGAUACCUGUUCUAUGGUAUGAAGCUUUGUUUUAUUCUACCUGGUGCUUGUAACUGGAGUGCCAUGGGUGACGUGUUUUUUGUCUGUCACCACUUGGCGGCGCUGUAUGCUUAUGGAUUUGUGCUGACACGUGGAGCGCUUCCUUAUUUUGCAAACUUCCGACUGAUUUCAGAAUUGUCAACACCAUUUGUCAAUCAAAGGUGGUUUUUCGAAGCAUUAGGUUACCCUCGUACUCACACCGUUGUCGGCAACGGCGUCGCCAUGGCGAUCGUGUUCUUCCUCGUGCGGAUCGCUGUGAUGCCUCCCUACUGGGCAAAAGUGUUUGCCACCUUCGGUACGCCAACGUUCGAAAGGCUUGGUCUGGCAAUUCAGGUGGCCUGGAUCGUAUCCUGCGUUUGCUUGGAUAUCCUAAACACAAUCUGGAUGUACAAAAUCGCCCGCGGCUGCUACAAGGUCAUUACCGGCAAGCUAAGAGGAAGCAAAGUGGUCUCCAAAAAGACCAAUUACACCAACAACCACACAGACUGAGAGUCAUCCACGAUAAUGACAGAUUAGAUUAGACGUGAAUAUAGCAACUUCUGAGUCUUUAUAUUGCGCUCUGGAUGCAUGUGCUCUCGAAACAGAGGUUGAGAGGAGAGAGUUUCAUCAUCCCAGUGUGCUUUUAACCUCUUCUUCAUGUACAGACACUCUGACUUCACCAAGCCGAUAAACUAACCUGUUAUGCCUCAAACACAACCAAAGUGACUCCAAGCACAAGGAGAAGCAAUAGAACAUGAACAUGUGAGCUUGUGACCACAAAAAGUCCUUAGUCAGUCAGCACCCAUCCAUGUUUUUCUCGAAACCAAUCGUGGUUGCUUUGGGAGCCGUGUUUCCUGUGAUAUUAACACUGAUGUGCCUCAGUGAACUCCAAGUUUGAACAUCCACAACUUGUUGCACAUUUGGUCGGAAGUGCUCAUCAACUUCGCUCAAUCUUAUGUCAUUGCCAGUCUGAACGGUUUGCAAGUCUCUUGGAAAGCUCAGAUCUACCUCUCACACCGUGUCAAGCACAAGAGCGAACGCCGUAUGGACUCGAGGAACACUCUCAGCCUCUGCUUUUAUAGUCCAGACUUCUAGAACUCAUCUUGUGCUCUCGUUUGCAUUUCCAGGAAGCAUUUUCCAUGUGGAAAUGGAGUGAAAGGUGGUUUCCUUUAGCAAAUACCUGUGUGCAUGCUUCAUUUCUGACCAUGUGAGGUCACAUUUUUGCAGUAGAUGCGAGGAAACUGCACUGCUUUAUCCAUUUCUAGCCUUUACUAGAGCCUCACAUGCACAGGUUUUAAACAGUUUUGUUCUCACCAAGCAGAUUAUUUAAACAUUCAACACCUCAAGGCUUGAUGGGAACUGGUGCAAAUUCACAUCUUAGUCAUUUUCUUCCUGCCAAAUUCAUGUUUUUGGUUUUGUUUUUUCAGCUUGUUGGUCACCAGAACUUCCAGCCUGACGUUUAGGCUUUUGUCAUGAUUCAUGAAUGCUGUUGUGAUUCUCUUGAAUGUGAGUUCCAGCUGGGCAUGUCAACCCAUGUUGUGUUGCGCUGUGGCAUUAUGAUACAGUAUAUAUGUGUGUGUAAGAAAACAUAUGCAGUACUUAUUUCUGCCAAGUAUCUGACAAGACUAAAUCCCUCUGUAGUCAGAGCUAGUGUUUCUCUUCUGAAGUUCAGGUACACUUUCAAAAUGAAUGUUAUUUUGAAUGACAGUGGGAGAGGAUUGUGGGAAAUGUAGUAUUUUGCCUUAUAUCCAUAAUUGGAAAUAACCAAAAUCAUCCUCUAGGCCUUGAAUAUGUGAAGCUGUGACAAUAGAAAUAUAUUCGGGUGAUGUUUUGAAGAACAAAAUGGCCAUUUGGUCAUGUAAUUAUUAUAUGUAUCUAGAAUGUCUGAAAUGAGCUGCAAUCUUCGUGUUUAUGGAAAUGAAAAGGAGAUUAGGCUUUAUGGUACGUUAUCCACACAAACGUUGCACAAUCGAAAUGCCAUUGUGGCAUUGAUAUUGUAAUAUUUGUCAUUUUGAAGGGCUGAUCGAAAUUCAGUAGGAAGUUCAUCUACUGGACAAAUUGAUUGGCGAUACUCAAAAUAAUAAAUUUGACUGGCAAAAAUGGUUCCAUAUUCAUAAAAACUUACAUUUCUUUACAGUUAUUGAUUGUUUUCUGUAGAAUGGUCACAUAAAUGUGCCUGUUGCUAUGUAAGGUACAACAUUUGAGUAUAUGAAAUAAUAUAGUAAGGAUAGAUAGGACUGUACUAGUAUAAAGCAGCUAUAGAGUUAACACAAAACUAAUUUUAGUACCUUGCCUCGCCUCAGAUCAGCUUAAACUCUUAAAUCAUUGUGGAUUCAAGGGUGGGAGAAUGUGAAAAAAGGCUAUAUCCAGGAUAAACUUAGUAGAUGGGAUUCCCCAUAUCAAACGUCCCAUUGGAUUUUAUUGGUACAUUGUUUACAAAGACCUGUGUUAUAAUCUGUGCUGCACUUGCCUGCUCUCGUUUGGAUCAGUCCUCACGUAGAGCACGACUAAAACCAAGACAAAAGUGUUUUUCAUGAUCCCAAUGAGCCCCAAACUGUUUGUCAUUGUUUUAAGCUCACAUGGUUUUAAAAAUGAGCAGUCACCAACUAAAUUAUAUGGAUUUAUUUAGACAUUUUAAAUUGCUUUGGUGCACUGUAGCACCCGUAUUUGAUGAUGAUUAUCGACAAGGAGCAAUAAUCUAUAAAAGGGUGACUAGACAGACUCUUCUACCUGUUCAGAUGUUUGGACAGGGAUUUUUAAUUCGUUCUAAUGCUGUUAGGCUUUUGUUCAGACAGCCUGGUAUUCAAUGGAAUCAUUUACUAUGUGCAAUUUGGUGACAAGCUCAAUGACAGUAUUGAAUCUCUAUGUAUGUGUAUAUAAUUAAGUAGAAGUCAAUUUUAAGAAGUGAUUAUAAUACUAAAAUAAGCACAGAACUGUUGGAUGAUUGUAGUAGUUCAGGUUUCCGAUCUCUUGAUUUUGAUUUUUUUUUCUUCUUUUAACACAUUACUGUUGUGGAUCCAAUCAUCUCUGGAAAUUUGAAUGUGAAAAUCAACACCCAGCAGAGGCCCCUUAGAGCCCCUGUGUCUAUAUGCUUUGAAACCGAUGGAUGAUAUGCAUGACCACUAAUAAUAAUAUUGUCCAAAUAGCAGUCAAGGAGAGAAAUGACAGAUAAAUAAAGGUGAGA